AUGGCCAACGCCCCACCGUCGUCGUCGGGCGACGGCCGCAAGACGGGGGCUGAGUUGUAUACUAGCUGGAACGAUGGAACAAAUACACCAAAAAUUGGGCGCGAUGGCAAUGGGAAGGAGGGGCGGUGGGAAACAUUUCAAGACGCUCGACUUCGUUCCCGUCGUGCCGCAGUAUGGCGCGCAAUUGGGACGGCAUUUUUUGAAGGCGAGAAGUUGAGGCAGACGCCAUUGAUUAUGAUUGCGUGCUUUGGGGUUGACGACACCACUGUGACGGAGGGCAGUGUAGCAGCAGACUGCGGUUAG